AUGUCGGACAAGGUGCAUCACGACGCAAAGGAGCCCUCGCCUUCUUACGAGAUGGACGAUAGAAAUGAUGGGACUGUUGAUACCUUGUCUCUGGAAGAUGAGAAGAAACUUGUUCGCAAGAUUGAUCUUCGAAACCAGUCUACAUACAGUGCCAUUCUUGGACUUAGAGAAGAUCUUGAACUUGUCGGCCAACAAUUCAGCUGGGCCUCCAGUGUCUUCUAUCUCGGCUACCUCGUCGCCUCAUACCCCAUAUCCCUCGGCUUCGUCAAGUUCCCUCUUGGAAAAUAUCUCAGCGUUCUCAUGUUCAUUUGGGGUAUUAUCCUCACUCUCCACUCGGUCGCACACAAUUUCGCCAGUCUCAUGGUCCUUCGAUUCUUACUCGGUGUUUUUGAGAGUGCUAUUAGUCCUGGAUUCUCGCUCAUUACAGGAAUGUGGUACACACCUCAUGAACACGUUUCUCGCCACUCGUUCUGGUUCGCCGGUAAUGCCUCAGCCAGCAUGGUGGGCGCUAUGAUUGCCUAUGGUAUUUUGGGAUACACUGGGCCAAUUGCUCAGUGGAAGAUGUUGUUCCUUAUCUUCGGUCUCAUCACCAUUGCAUGGUCUGUUCUCACAUUCUUCAUGCUACCCGACUCGCCCUCGACAGCCAAGUUCCUGACUACAUCCGAGAGAGAAUUCGCUUCUCUCCGACCCAAGAAGUUCCAGCGCACAACACAGACCAAGAAGUGGGAUCGCGGCCAGUUUAUCGAGACUAUGACGGACGUCAAGGCUUGGUGGUUCUUUUUCUUCUCCUUUGUCAUCUGUGUUCCCAACGGAGGAACUACCAGCUUUAGUACAAUCGUUAUCAAGAGCUUCGGCUACGAUGAGCAUCAGACUAUCCUUAUGGGUCUUCCUGCAUCCGCCUUCCAACUCACCACUGUUAUUCUGGUAGCCGUCUUUACCACCUACGUCCGCAAGUCACGCCACAUCGCCCUCGUUUUGACAUACAUCAUGGCCUUCGCCGGUAUCCUCAUGAUCAAGCUUCUCCCCAACGCGGAUAAACUCGCCCGUCUGGCAGGUUUCUGGCUCAUCAUGGCCGUCGCCCCAGCAUUCCCACUCAUGCUCUCACUCUCAGCCAGUAACAUUGCUGGCUUUACCAAGAAGUCUACCGUCAUGGCCAUGAUCUUCCUUGGAUACUGUGCUGGAAACUUGAGCGGUCCUCAAUUCUUCAUCAGCACCGAAGCGCCCAAUUAUCAUACGGCGUAUACAACCAUUAUGGCUUGCUUCGCCAUUACGAUUGCUCUUGUUAUCGGAAUGUACUUCUACUUGACCUGGGAGAAUCGUCGUCGAGACCAGGAGCAGGGAGAGAAGAGGGACCCGGAGGCGUCUCAACGGGUGGAUCUUAUCGCUGAUGGCAUGCUUCUUGAAGUGGAUGAGACGGAUAAGGAGAACAAGAACUUUAGAUAUAUCCUGAGUUUAAUGACCUACGAAAACGAUGGUGCUAUUGCCUUGGCCCCCUGA